AUGGCUGCGACCGCACCGCCGAACGCCCUUUCCGGCAAGAACCUGAGUCAGAUUAUGGUCGCAUCCCUCCCGACCGAUGCACAAAAGGUCACACAAGGAUACGAGGCAAUCGCAUUGGCAGCACAUGCGUCGAUGCUUGCCGUUGGCUUCAGACUCGUCGGACUUAACGAGGACAACAAGAUAGAAGCACAUUCGGACGCCGAUCAGACACAGCCACUACCAUCAGAGUGGAACGCACACAGCGGCAGCUAUGCCUUCCGCUACAAGCACGACCAAAGCAGCAUGGAAUAUCUCGUCAAAGCGAACCGCAUGGGUAACAAGGUCAUUGUGAUGGGAAUGGGCAUGGGCGACGACCGAACUGCUCAGUUCGAAGUCAAGAUCACAGACUUCAUAUCCGAGGGCAACCUGCCUUUCACGAUGGAUGGUGCGACGAAAGAGCAGGCAGCGGAGAGACUUAACGACACAUUCAUCACAGUCGGUCGCUUGAGUGACUUUGGCAGUCAAAUGCGAGUGCAGCUCAUGCAGAAGCUCAUACCUGGUCUGCACAAAGAAGGCUACGAAGAGUCAGAUACGCAGUCUAACUCUCGGCAGCCUAUCCCAGGUCGAGAGGAUGAUCGCCCGCGCCACGAUCCACUACGAGACGAGCGCGACCCUCCAGCUCGACCACACCAUUUCCACGACCCUCUCGCACAGCCACUCCGACCACGCGGACCUAUGCCAGAGCCGAUGCCUGGCUUCGAAGACCCGUAUGAUCUACAGAGGCCGAUGCGUGGGCAAGGACAAGGUGGAUUUGGCAAUAUCGGAGAACGCGAUCUCCACCCACAAGGAUUGGGACCAAACGACCCAAUGCGAGGAGGUAUCGGUCCUGGCUUUGGCGGACCUAUGGGUGGCGGAGGCAUGCACCCUACAUUUGAUGAUCCGCUCUUCGCAGGUCAAGGUCGGAGAGGCGGAGGCUACAAUCCACAAGCACCACCUGGUGCAAGAUACGAAGACCCAUUUGGGCAAGGAGGACCACAAGGUGGCCAUCCUCGGGGUGCUGGCAUGGGCGGGCGACCACCGAAUCCCUUUGGUGGCUUCGGUGAUGGAGACUUUAUCUGA